AUGGAAGAAAUGUCUUUGCCUUUCUACAGUAGUCGUUUGCAAGCUAAACUGCAUCAGCCUUGCCAGGAUACUUCUCCACAAGAACUGCAAGCACCAGCAUCACUUCAGAACAGAAAAAGGAAAGCAAUGCAGGACCCCAAAAGAAAGGAAGAAAACAUGAAACUUCAAUAUGAAAUUAAGAGCUGUUGGCCAUCCACGAUAUCAGGCGGCAUCUCUCCUUGCAUAAUAAUAGAAACUCCUCACAAAGAAUCAACAACCACUGACUUCUCCAGAUUUAAAAAAUACAGGUUCAGGAACCUCUUCAUAAAUCCAUCACCUUUACCAGAACUCAGUUGGGGAAGUUCUAAAGAUGUCUGGUCCAACAUUCUCAAAAAAGAAAACAAAUAUUCUCACUGCAAGCAUUUCACGUCUCUACACUCAAACCUGCAGCCACAUAUGAGAUCAAUCCUAUUGGACUGGCUUCUGGAGGUAUGUGAAGUGUACACACUCCAUAGGGAAACGUUCUACUUGGCACAAGACUUUUUUGAUAGAUUCAUGUUGACUCAAAAGGACAUAGGCAAAACCAUGCUUCAGCUCAUAGGAAUUACAACAUUGUUCAUUGCUUCCAAGCUUGAGGAGAUAUAUGCUCCCAAACUACAGGAGUUUGCGUAUGUCACUGAUGGUGCUUGUAGUGAAGAUGAUAUUAUAAAGAUGGAGCUCAUUAUACUAAAGGCUCUAAAGUGGGAACUCUGCCCAGUUACAAUAAUCUCUUGGCUGAACCUUUAUCUCCAAGUGGAUGCUCUGAAAGAUGUCCCAAAGGUGCUGCUACCUCAGUAUUCUCAGGAAAAGUUUAUUGAAAUAGCGCAGCUUUUAGAUCUCUGUAUUCUAGAUGUUAAUUCUUUGGAUUUCCAGUAUAGGAUAUUGGCAGCAGCUGCACUCUACUGUUAUACCUCAGUAUUAGUAGUUAAGAGAGUUUCAGGCUUGGAUUGGGACAGUAUUGCUGAGUGUGUAGAAUGGAUGGAACCAUUUGUUAAGACAGCAAAAAAAUUCCCAGUAAAAUUGAAGAACUUUAAGAAGAUUGCAGCAGAAGAUAGACAUAAUAUACAAGCCCACACAAACUACUUGGACAUGCUGGAUGAAGUUAACUAUGAAGUAGCUGUUGCAGUACCAGUCCAGCUAUCACCAGUGUCUACAGGAGGGAUAAUUACACCCCCAAAGAGUUCUGAAAAGUGAAACUCUUGCAUCCGUGAAUGCGUUUCAAGUCAAGGAAUUAUAGCAUAAAGACUUUUUCUUAAAAA